CUGUGAAAACGAACUUCGUUGCACGUCUGGAGAGGAUCGGCGGUUGCCUCCCAGCAGGGGAGAAGUGUUAUCACUUUCAAACAUAUAAACACGAGCGCAUACAUCUACUCCUCCUCCUCUCUCUUCUCCCCCUCCGUUUCACCACAUCCACACAGCAUACAUCUCUCUUUCUUACCAUCACCUCCAUGCUCGACAUCUGUUCAUCGCCUCGACUACGACGAUCCGUCCUCAGGUCAUCCCUAGUCGACAUCACCAACACCCUCUCAUCCCCUCGCCCACCUGUACUCCCAUCACGCCCAACACUCCCUUCUCUACCACUCAAAUUCCUCCGCCGACGCAUCUGCGCAAUCUCCAAGCUUCCCCCCGAGCUCUUGCUACACGUCUGCGCCCUAGGCACCCUCGAACAUUUCUCAUUCCCCAUCCUCUUCUCCCAUGUCUGCCACCUCUGGCGCACGCUAGCACUCUCCACACCCCAACUGUGGACAACCAUCGUCCUCUCAAAAUCGUACGAUGACCUCCUUCCCCCAUCGUACAUCCACAGCAUACUCGAGCGUGGUCGAGCAGGACCAUUGGACCUGCGGCUAGACGUAGGGGUGUACAGAAAGGGCGCAGUCGCGGACGAAGCGGGUGCGGUCUGGCGAGCAGGGAUCAUACUGGAUACUGUCGAGCCCUGUGCAACACGAUGGCGAAGCCUGGAGCUCUCACUUCCGAGCGCGUUCGACCUGGAAGACUUCCUCCUCCGAACACUACCCCGCGCACAAUCGCUGGAGAAACUCGUCCUCCACCGAGCGGAUCACAACCGCCUGCGUUCCCCGAAUCCUCAACAACCACUCCAAGCGCUCUAUCUCCCCAGACUGCGGUACUUCCAGAUCGACGGCUUUCCUCUCCCGGGCGGCGUGCAGCGCUCCACACUCAUAGCGCUACGGGAACUGCACGUCCUCUCCAUCCCGGUAGACUUCCAGCCAACAGCGACAGAGUGGCUCGACCUCCUGCGGGGGAUGACGCAGCUCCGCCUCCUAGCGCUGGUAGGAGCUAUCAGGCGCACAGCAAGCUGCGACCUUGCACCAACUGAAGUGGUGCCCCUGCCCCUCCUGAGCAAACUGGAUAUCUCCCACACACCGAUUACGCCCGCGCUGUACUUCCUCUCCCACCUCCAAGCCCCAGCACUCCAAUCCCUAGUAGCCGGUUCGCCCCCUGCAGGAGCGUACGAGUCCCUCCAACCUCUCUGCUCGCUCCUUACACCGUGGCUCUACCCCCGGCUACGAAGACUGCGGCUCGGGUACGGCAGGCUAACACAAAGCGAGAUGAGGGUGUUGGAGGAGAGGGAUGGGCUGAGAGUAUUCGGGCCUGUGGGGUUGGCGGGUGUUGGAGGGCUGGAGAGGGCAGGUGGGGAGAGGGAGAGGGAACGGAGGAGGGAGGGAGUUGAGGGUGCUAAUAGGCGGUGGAGGGAGGGGCUGGAAGGGGGUUGGGAGGGAGCUACGUGAGCAAGGGGUGGUGGAUGAACUGGUUUGGUUGGUGGAUGGGACGAAUUGUGGGAGGGGGAGGUUGAUUGUCUGAGUUGAUGAGAAUUGG